UUAUUCAUAACAUUAUGUCUGGAUUCCUACCAACACCCCCUUUUAAACAUGAUGCCGACAGCUUUGUUAUGCCCGGAAUCAGCACCAAGACAACUACCCUGACUGAGAACCUACUCAUAGAAAACAAUAAGAAUCACAGCUUGUUUUUCAACGAUAGAGGCUUCCAUAACCAUACAGCACAUCAACUUUUGUCAGUCUAUGCACUUGGGGCAAAUGUCAACCGUCUUGAAGAAGUAUAUGCUGCUCAGGCUGCUAUGCAACGUCCGUAUCAGUCUUCUUCUGGCUCUGUAACACGCGAAAACUUUCGAUCUAAGCUCGGGGACAUUGCUCAUGACAAAGGUUUUAUCGACUUCUUUUUGAAUGAAAUCAAAGCGUCAGGUCCCACUGCAACCAUCCGUCGUUGGCUCUUUAGUGGUGAUCUCAUGGCACGUACACUUGGUGGAGCCUUCCACCCUCUCAUUCACAUUGGAUAUGGUAUCGAGUUUAACUUGCCUGGAAUGGUUGCUGAAGGUCUUGCUAUGGCUGCAUGUACAGGUAACAGUCUGCUUGAAGUUAUCCCCA